AUGACGAGGACGAACCCCAGCCAGAUGAGUCACGCCCGGCCCCACUCCAACCGGCGCGGGCGUGCGACGAAGACGACGACGAUCACGAUGCACGCGCUCGUGGGAACACCGGUCACGCUCGCGUCGACGCGUCGCGCGCUGACACCCCGCCGCGGCGCGACCGAGGGUCGUCGCGCCGCGCGGCGCCCGUCCGCCCCGGAAGCGGCAUCCUCGGCGAAAGCGUCGGGCCGACCCGACGACGACGGAACGAUCGGCCGCCGCGAGGGCAUCGGGCUCGCGGCGCUCGCCGCGGCGUCGAUCGCGAACCCCCAAUCGGCACGUGCCGCGUACGGCGGCGCGACCCUCGGCGACGUCGACGUCGGCCCCUCCGUCGCGGCCACCGAGCUAUCCCUGUACAAGCGAAGCUUCAGGGAGCGGUUCGAGACGUCGAUAUCGUCCGGCACGCACGACUACAGCUUCAAGUACCCGAAGGACUCAUGGAAGCCCGACAUCGUGUCCCUCAACGACGGCAAGCUGUACGGAGUCGACCUUCGGUUCUCCUCCCCGUCCGAGGGCAAGCUGUGCACGCACGUGCUGCCGUUCGUGGACAAGGACUCGCUCAAAGACGUCGGGUCCCCGGCGGUGGCGCUGGAUAGGUUCGUCGAGCUCAUCGGUGCCUUCUGGGAUGAAAACGGGUUCGGGGUCCCGGGCGGCAACGCUGGGGUGGUGAAAUCCACCAAGACGGUCGCCAAGGACGGCGUGGUGUACUACCAGUACGAGCUGGAUAAGCCCCAUAACCUGAUCAGCGCCGCGGUCACGGACGGCCAACUCUACGUCAUCAACGCGUCCGCCGCCAACGAAAGGCAGUGGGCCGCGGGGGAGGCUAACCUGCGGAACAUCGUCGAAUCCUUCUACGUCCCUCCGUGA